AUGGUCCUGAAUGCAAUGGCUUUCCUGACAGGGACGGGCACCAGCACCCACAUUUUCAGCCCUGCCACUCCACAGCUGGUGCAGGCCGGACUCCUCUCCACGCUAGCCCUGCAGCUGCUUCCCAGGCAGGCGGAGGCCAGCCUGGACUCAAAGGUCUUAUGCGACGCCGACUGUGCUGCCAGCUUGGCCGACAAGGAGCGUGUGCGCACCGCCUCGGGCCUGGAGUACAUCGAUCUCGUCCCAGGCAAGGGGCCCAGCCCUCGCAUAGGCUUUCAGGCGAGUGCCGGGCCCCGCCACGCUGGCCCCCAGGGGCCCUGGCUGGUGGUGUGCGACUACGUGGCCAGCACCCCCCAGGGCGCCGUGUUUGACAGCUCCUUGGACAGGGGGGCACCCUACAUCAUCCGCGUGGGGGCCGGCCAGAUCGUGGCGGGGCUGGACGAGGGCCUGCAGAGCAUGAAGCUGGGGGGCGUGCGGCGCCUGUAUGUCCCCGGCCUACUGGCCUUCCCCAAGGGCCUCUCUGCCGCCGCGGGCAGGCCGCGGGUCCCACCCGCCUCCCCCGUCGUGUUUGACGUCUCCCUGGUCAUGAUCCCCGGUCUGGAGGAUGAGGAGGAGGAGUGA